ACGCGUGCGCGCUCCCUCGGUGCAGCAAGUCUGUGAGCCUGAGUGGGAGGUGGCAGGCCUCAGACCGUGGCCUUCUCUACCAACUGAUCCAGCGCGACGUCUCCAGCCAUGAACCGGUUUGGUACCCGGUUAGGGGGAGCCACGGCGAUCCCGUCACCUCCGCCGAAACCCCGCAGUAAUGAAAACCUCGACAAAAUUGAUAUGUCCCUGGAUGAUAUCAUCAAAUUGAAUCGAAAGGAAGGAAAGAAGCAGAAUUUUCCACGACUAAAUAGAAGACUCCAGCAAAGUGGUGCCCGGCAAUUCAGGAUGAGAGUACGAUGGGGAAUCCAACAGAAUUCUGGUUUUGGUAAGAAUAGUCUGAGCCGUAGAGGAAGAAUGAUACCUGGAAAGAGACGCCCUUAUGGAGUUAUCACUGGCCUUGCAGCUAGGAAAACAACUGGAAUUCGGAAAGGAAUUAGUCCUAUGAAUCGACCACCUCUAAGUGACAAGAAUAUAGAACGAUAUUUUCCAGCGUUAAAAAGGAAGGCAAACCUUCUGAGGCAAAAUGAAGUGCAGAGAAAACCAGUUGCAGUUCUCAAGAGACCUAAUCAGCUAAAUAGAAAAAAUAACAUCCCAACCAAUUAUACCAGGAGUGGAAAUAAAUUAAGUCAUCAGAAAGACACUCGUCAGGCAACUUUUCUUUUCAGAAGAGGUCUGAAGGUUCAGGCCCAGUUGAACACAGAACAACUGCUAGACGAUGUAGUAGCAAAGAGAACUCGUCAAUGGAGGACUUCCACCACAAAUGGAGGAAUCUUGACUGUAUCCAUUGAUAACCCUGGAGCAGUGCAGUGCCCAGUAACUCAGAAACCACGAUUAACUCGUACUGCUGUACCCUCAUUCUUGACAAAACGGGAGCAGUCUGAUGUAAAGAAAGUUCCUAAAGGUGUUCCCCUACAAUUUGACAUAAAUAGUGUUGGAAAACAGACAGGAAUGACUUUGAAUGAGCGAUUUGGGAUCCUGAAGGAACAAAGAGCCACUCUAACAUUCAACAAAGGAGGAAGUCGCUUUGUAACCGUGGGAUAGAACACAUAUUAAAGGGACUUUUGAGUGAUGACUCUUUUAAAAAAGUUGAAUUGCUUGAAGAGUUUAUCACAGAAAUUCAAGAAACUUUAUUUCAAAAUAUUCACAAGACUA